AUGGACGUUGUGCUCGACUUUGACGGCACAAUCACAGCCAAGGACAGCAUCAGCUGCCUGGGCGAGUUUGGCGUCUCGCACCAGCAAAAGCGGCGGCGGCACGACCUGACGUCGACGUGGGAACGGAUCGUGUCCGAGUACGUGGCUGACCACAAGACGCACGUCUCUGCCUACUCCCCGGCCGAGGCGGACAGGCUCACGCACGACGAGGAGCGCGCAUUCCUCCACAGCCUGCAGCACGUCGACGUCAAGUCGCUAGGGCGCGUCGCCGACUCAAAGCUCUUUGAGGGCUGCACGGCCGAUGACCUCUACGCUGCGGGGCAGGAGGCCGUACGGAUCGGCAAGGUCGCGCCGCGCAAGGGCUUUGCCGAGUUCGUGGCCGCCAUGCGCGGAGCCGGCGCCAGCCUGUCCAUCCUGUCGGUCAACUGGUCGGCUGCUUUCAUCAGGGGCGUCCUGUCGCAGUGCGGCGCCGUUGUCAUCGACGAUGUUGUCAGCAACGAGAUCACCGCGGAUGGAAAGAUUGGCAGCCUGGGAGAUGGGGCUGAAGCGGGCACUCCAAUGAUGACAUCGUUGCACAAGCUCAAGGCUCUACAGGCAAGAUCAACGGCAUCCGCUGGCGACGAUGAGACUAAGCCCAAGACCACGGUAUACUUUGGAGAUUCGACGACGGAUCUGGAGUGCCUGCUAGCUGCCGACAUUGGCAUCGUCAUGGCCAACGAUGAAAACAGCUCACUUUUACGAGCACUCUCUCGGCUCGGGUUUGACAUCCCUCAUGCUUUGGAUGUGAGCAGGAGCCAGCAAAAAGGGCCGACGACCGUGGGUAACCGCCGCAGACUGGCAUGGGCUACAAGUUUUACCGAAGUGCUUGAAAGCGGUAUUCUUACUCCAACAGAAACAUGCAAUUCAUGA